GGCUUAUUUUUUUGGACAUAUUUUGAGCGGAGUAAAACUUCUCGCUUCGCCUCUUCCUCUCUGCGUUUACACAAUCCGUACAGUCAGCGACAGCAACAGAGAGACGAGAGAUAGCACUCCUUGACGGGAUUGGAAGGCAAGCUGGGUGACGUAAUGAUGUUUACGGGCAGAAACGUGUGGGUUGGGGUUGACAGCUGAUGCGUGCAGUCUCUAGUACCACAGUGGACAACGCACACAGAACAGGCGUUCGGUUCAGUAAUGAUGAAACGCCGAAUUGGGCCAUAUUCAGAAUAAUAGGAUGCUCCAUAUUGAAGCAGUGAAUGGUUUGAAAUUGAGAUUUGAUAUUAGCAUUCUAGACGACAAGGACGUUUUUUUGUGUGCUAGGACACUUGCCGUUUGACAUGCACUCAACUAAUUUGUUUCUAAUUUCUAAAAGAGUGAAUCAAGACAACAAAAAGGAACGUUUAAAAAAUAAAAAAAAGUAUUGCAUGGUUGAAUGUUGUUGAAGGAGUUAUUUUUAGUUGACUUUGAGUUUCAAACUUGUUCCAGCACUGUAGCCUACGACUGCAAACAAAAAGGAAAAUAGAUUUUCUUAUUCAGUGAACGCAUCAACUGUAGUUAAAGUCCACUUUUGGGCAUGGAUAACAUUUGAUAGCAUAACAUUAUAGGCCAAUACUUUAAUCUUUCACCUGCACCAUGGUCAAUACUCAUGGAUUCAGUAUCACAUUGACAGGACUAACAAAUGUAACAAAUCAAAAUGUCCUACAUUUGUGCCUUUUUCAUUUAUGCAAUCUUCUACAAAAUCACCACUUGCCAGCCAUGUUAAGCAGAUAAUUUGGUGAUCAAUAACUGAUCAGAAAUGCACAAACUUGAACUAUCCACUUUGAUUUUUUCUUUAAAACGUAUGGGGACACCCAGAUAAACUACUGAAAUGUCAAAUACUAUGCAGCGUGUCUGCUAUCUGUUCCCCGGCGCCGACACGAUUUUCCCUGUAGCAGAGUGGAAGUGCUCAUAGCUGGACCACCAGCCUCUCUGAAAGGCACACGACCUACCAGAUUAUUUUCACAAAUCGAGGAACAAGUUGCGGUCGGCAGGCAUGUUCGCCGCAGUGGAGCAUGGCCCCAUCAUGUGCAGUGACUCCAACAUCCUCUGCCUGUCAUGGAAGGGCCGGGUACCCAAGAGUGAGAAGGAGAAGCCGGUGUGCCGGCGGCGCUACUAUGAGGAAGGCUGGCUCGCCACAGGGAACGGGAGAGGGGUUGUUGGGGUAACGUUAACAUCCAGCCACUGCAGAAGGGAUCGGACUACCCCGCAGAGGAUCAACUUCAACCUGAGAGGACACAAUAGUGAGGUAGUGCUGGUGCGAUGGAAUGAGCCUUUUCAGAAGCUUGCCACCUGUGACACAGACGGAGGGAUCUUUGUGUGGAUCCAAUACGAGGGACGCUGGUCAGUGGAGCUGGUCAAUGACCGCGGGGCUCAGGUGAGUGACUUCACCUGGUCUCAUGAUGGUGCCCAGGCUCUCAUUUCCUACCGCGAUGGCUUUGUCCUGGUAGGCUCGGUCAGCGGCCAGAGACACUGGUCAUCAGAGAUCAACCUGGAGAGCCAGAUCACCUGUGGCAUCUGGACCCCCGACGACCAGCAGGUGUUGUUUGGAACUGCGGACGGCCAGGUGAUCGUAAUGGACUGCCACGGGCGCAUGCUGGCCCACAUCCUACUGCACGAGUCAGAUGGUAUCGUCAGCAUGUCAUGGAACUACCCCAGCUUUCUGGUGGAGGACAGCAGCGAGAGCGACACCGACUCGGACGACUACACACCACCACAAGUGCACAGUUUGAAGCCUCUGCUGACGGUUAGCUUCACCUCUGGAGACAUCAGCCUGAUGAACAACUAUGAUGACCUCUCUCCCACUCUCAUCCGCACUGGCCUCAAAGAUGUGGUGGUCCAGUGGUGUUCUCAGGGGGAUCUCCUGGCCGUGGCUGGGAUGGAGAGGGCUAUCCUAUCCCCCGACCCCUCCUGUCCACCUCUCACCAGAAACGCCAUCGUCAAGUUCUACAACGUCUGCGGAGAACACGUCUACACACUGGACACGCCUGCACAACGUCCCAUCACCACACUGUGCUGGGGUCACCGGAACUCCCGUCUGUUCUUGGCGUGCGGCGCAGUGCUCUACGUGGUGCGGGUGGAGCAUCGAGUGGCCAGCCUGCAGCUGCUGUGCCAGCAGUGCAUCGCUGGGGCGCUCUGGGAGGAGAAGGACGUGGCCAAGCUCACAAUUCCCUCACGUCUCUGUUCCUACGUCACCACUGCCUUCGCAACCACCAUCAAGACCCCUAUCCCAGACCCCAACAACAUGCGUGAUUUUGUGAGUUACCCGACGGCGGGGAACGAGCGUCUGCACUGCACCAUGAAGCGUACGGAGGACAACCCUGAGGUGGGUGGGCCCUGCUACACCCUCUAUCUGGAGUACCUGGGGGGCUUAGUGCCCAUCCUCAAGGGCCGGCGAAUCAGCAAGCUCCGCCCCGAGUUCGUCAUCAUGGACCCCAAGACGGACGGCAAAGCAGAUGAGGUGUAUGGGAACAGUCUGAUCUCGGCGAUGAUCGACAGCUGUAACUGUUCAGACUCCAGUGAUAUAGAGCUGAGUGACGACUGGGUCGGCAAGAAAUCCCCAAAGCUAUCCAGAGGCAGCAAGUCUCCUAAACUCCCCAGGAUCAAUAUUGACCCUAGGAAGUCCCCCAAACUGUCCCGCGCUAUGCAGGACAUCUCCUGGUCGCCACGGUUACCCAUCCGGAAACCCUCCAUUGGCUCCCCAAGUCUCACCUGCAGAGAGUUUCCCUUCGAUGACGUCGCACAGCAUAACUACCUUGCUCAGGUCACAUCCAAUAUUUGGGGAACAAAGUUUAAGAUUGUGGGACUUGCCACCUUCUUGCCAACCAAUCUUGGAGCAGUGAUCUACAAGACGAGUCUGCUCCACCUGCAGCCCAGACAGAUGACCAUCUACCUGCCGGACGUGCGUAAGAUCUCCAUGGACUACAUCAACCUGCCCAUGUUCAGCCCCAACGUAUUCAGUGAGGACGAGGAUGACCUACCCGUCACAGGGGCCUCCGGCGUCACAGACGACAACCCUCCCUGCACCGUCAACAUCCCCAUCGCUCCCAUCCACAGCCCUGCCCAGGCCAUGUCCCCCACCCAGAGCAUCGGCCUGGUCCAGUCCCUCCUAGCCAAUCAGAACGUCCAUCUGGACGUCCUGUCCAAUCCCACUGCCAUCUCCACCACAGCUGCUGCAGGGACCGGGGGGUCAUCUGACCAGGGCCAGGACACCACCCUGACCGCCCAGUACACGGUGCCCAGCAGGUACUCCAGUCCUGGACAGUUACAACAGCAGCAACUCGCACAGCAGCUGCAGAAACAGCAUCAGCUCCAGAUCCCCGUCCCCUCUCAGGUGUCAGGUGCAACGGUGCACCAGCUCCAACAAGGGGCGCUACAGAUUCAGAUCCCCCACCCUGCAGUGGCUGAGAGAAAGGUCAGCGUGGAAUAUGAGCAACUGCUGAAAAUAAAGCCCACUCGCUCUGCCCCCCAGCUGGUUGAGGGGGACACAGUGGUGUUCAAUACCCCUCUGGAGCUCAGCAAGAUGAACCCCCCGCCCCCCUACCCCGGGACGGUGGACGCUCCUGUGGCUGCAGCCGCUACCGCAGCAGCCUCAGCAUCUGCUGCAGCAGCCAACGGCUCCUCUGGACAGGCUGUGGGCAGUAACGGCUCACCGCCACCAGUGGAUCUGUGCCUGAAGAAGGGCGAGUUAUCCCUUUAUCCUCCUAGCCAGCAGGCGACACAUUACCCAACCCCAUUAGGCUAUGAGCGGAUAACGACGUUCGACAGUAGCGGUAACGUGGAAGAGGUCUGCCGGCCUCGAAUGCGGCUCGUGUGCAACCAGAACGUCUACUCGCUCCAUGGCCCGGGGAGCUCAGCCACCCUCAGGGUCACCUCCUCUUCCUCCUCAUCAGAUGGGAAAAAGAUCCAGCUGCCCUACGCCUCGGCCACCCUCAACCGGCUCACUGUGCCCCGCUACUCUAUACCCAGCAGAGACCCGCCCCCCUACCCUGACACAGCCAAUCAGAACACCACAGGGGGGAGGAGCCCCGGACAGAGGCUGGACAGCAGUCUGAUCCCUUUCACGCUCAGACAGAACAGUGGAGAGGCCGCUCUCAAAGUCUCUCAGAUGCUGGACCCUCAGAGGACACUUCCUCCUAAAGCCAAAUCCCAAAACGGUGCACUGGCGGCCUCCUCCCAGCAGAGGGUGCCCACCGCGCUGUACACCUGCAGUCAGUGCAGUAGUAACAGCAGUGGGCUUAGCAGUGCUGCCAGCAGUGCUCCCAGUGGGAGUGCGAAUGGAAUUGCAGGGGGUACAAUCAUUAGACAGGAUUUCCCUCCAGGGAAUGGAGCUCCUCACAGCACGGUGAUUGUCCACUCCAACAGUGCCUCUCCCCAGGCCUCUCAGUCAUCCUACAACCUGCUGAGCUUGGAUGGCUCUGGUAAUGGAAGAGGAGGUGGGAACAGAGACCGGGCUGACUAUGUGAACUCAGCCUUCACAGAGGAUGAAGUACUGAGUCACUCAUUGAGGCAUUUGGCGCUAGGGGGUGCUGAUGUGUCUGGACUGACGGUCAAGAGGCCUCCGCCGUACCAGUGGGACCCAGCCGCAACUGAGGAGGUGUGGGUGCCUCAGGAACGGACCAGUACUCUGACCUCUGCUGCCCCCCCCGGACCCCACAAACCUCCCCCGCUCAUCCUCAGCCCGGCCCAGCACCUCGACAUCUCCCGGCUGCCUUUCGUCCUCUCCCCUAAGUCCCCCACCAGCCCCAGUGCUGCCUCUUUCCAGGCUGCCGCUGAUGCCGCAGGUUACCAGAUCACCCUCCAGUACACUCCUGGCACAGCCUACAGUGGGUCCCAGCUGCAGCCCAUGCCAGGCUCUCCCCGGCCCUGCUCCCCUAAGGAGGUGGUGGUCCCGGUCCCGUUCUCCCAGCAGGAUGCCACCCUGGUCUCACCACCUGGCUAUCCUGCCAACCUGGCUAAUCUGGCAUGCUGCCCCCUCCCUCCCAAAUACCCAGGGGGUGGCUCCUGUGCCGAGCACCCCAUCACCCUACACACCCCUUGGGGCACUUACAACCCCUGCCCCCCCUUGCCCAGCCCCUCGGGGACGCUGCCCCCCAAACUCUCGCAGAUGAUGGUGGACAAGUCAGUCCUCUCUACCCCUCCUCCCCCACCGGCUCCCCCACCCACAGCAGAGCUGCAGCUGCAGGGUCACGGUGGCUCCCCAGAAGCCAUGACCAUGGAGGCUGGAGAGGGCUUCCAGGAGGUCCUCUCCCUUGACGACAGCCCCUUGCCCAGCCGUGCUGACAAGUUAGGCAAGAAGAACCGCAAGCGGGCCGACGUCAGGGCUGAGGAGGCCAACGUACCGGCCAUUGCCGAGGGAGGCAAGUCCAAGAAGGAGGGCCGGGCCCUGGCCGACUUCAACUCUCUGAUCUCCAGCCCGCGGCUGGGCGGCAGUGACAAAAAGAAGCCCAAGGGCCAAAAGGAGCAGCAGCUGAAUGCCAAGAAGCUGAGCAAAGCUCCCAACAACACUAACAGUGAGUUCCAGGACAGCUCGGAGAGCGAGCCCGAGCUUUUCAUCAGUGGGGACGAGCUGCUCAACCAGUGCCGGAGUGGCAAGAAGGGCUGGAAGAGCAAGAGAAGCCUGCGGGCGGCCGGUGAGCUGGAGGAGAUCAAGUACCGCAAGGCCAACGAGAAGGAGGACCGCGGGCUCGGCAGCCAAGGCUUUGUCUAUGUCAUGACAAACAAGCAGCCACUGUGGAAUGAGGCCACUCAGGUCUACCAGCUGGACUUUGGGGGACGCGUCACACAGGAGUCGGCCAAGAACUUCCAGAUCGAAUUGGAGGGGAGACCGGUGAUGCAGUUUGGCAGGAUCGACGGCAACGCCUACAUCCUGGACUUCCAGUACCCGUUCUCUGCUGUUCAAGCCUUCGCAGUGGCUCUGGCCAAUGUCACUCAACGCCUCAAAUGAGAGGUCCCGCCCUCCUCUUACCCUGAAUCCUAGUAUGGAUUGGAACAUCUGCUGGAAGGACACAGUUAUUUAAUUUGAAGUUACUUUAAUAUUAGAGAAGAGACUGAAAUCAACUCUGCAUAUUGCAUUGUUGCGUUACACUGUCGCUGCACUGCCCAAUGUGGCCACCAGAGAGUACAAUAAGCAUGGGCUACAGGCGUCGGAGCAGAGCCAUAGUCUGCCUUGGCACAGUCAGCCAUCCCUUGUACUAUUUACAGGGACCAAGAGCUCAGCUUUCUGUAAUCAUAAUGCAAACAACUGCUGCAUUAGCUAAUGGAAACUAGCUAGUGGAAACAGACUUUUGACUGACAGCCUUAUAACGGUUUGGGUUUCCUGUCAGCAUGGGUACGAGAGAUGAGUUCUCUCUGUGUGGUUUUAAAAAAGAGCAGCAGUAAUACUUGAAAAAACUAUCUGGGAGAUUGAAGAUGUCGUUUUUUUUCUUUCCAGAGCACACAGAUACUAGUGGGCAUUGAAAUCCAUUGCUGUAUGAAACUUAAGUGAAACUGUUAUCAUCACUUUGUAACACUGCUUUUGCUUUUAGUUUUUUUUUACACCUAAAGAUGAAACUUGCUGGGGGAAAACUUAGGCUUUUGAAAUGUAAUUUUUUUGUUAUCUGCCUUUUGUUUUGUUACACUCCACAUCUACAUAGGCUGGAUUUGAGGUUUCAAUAUAUGCAUUGUGUUGUUGGAGCACUAGCACACACGAAUGUGCAAGUUGUUUGAUUUCCCUGUUGUCAUGAACUCGGGAGGGAAAACAUUUAUGUAAGCUGGACGGCAGUCCCUUUUUCUACUUUUCCUUGGAAUUUGAAGGAAAAAAAUAUGUUGUUACUCAAAUUGUUUAAUUUAUCUGUUUUUCCCCUUGUUACAAAUAGGUCCUACAUUAUUCAGAUAUGAAUUUUAACAUUAUGAUUGUUGUUCGUAUUCAUGUUCUUACCAUACAAUCUUAGUACCUUGUUUACAUGCAUUUCAAGAUGUCUACUUUAUUUGGGAGAGACAGAGACUGAAUUGAAAUACUGUUAUGUACAGUACAAAAUCAGUGUUAAAACUGUUUUACGGAGUAGUUGUGACCGUUAUCCUGUAUCUCCCAUGUCAUGGUGACAUGUUGCGAGGGGCACAUAGAAAGGUCCUAGAAGUCAGAGUUUAGUAAUCUGACCUCUGACCUUUGUUUCCCUGAAAUGAAGUGAUUUGUUUCCUGCUGUCACUUCUGUGAAGUGAGAGUCAGCAUGUAGGUGUGUCCAACUCUUAAGCCCACACUAAACGUAUAUUUCAACUAUGCCAUUUCAUAAUUUUUUUAAGUAAUGUAAAUAUCUGCCACAUCAUUCAUACAUAUUGUAAACGAUCUGGUGGUGUUGGACAAACAGCUGUUUUCAUCGUAGCCCACUGUGUAGGUUCAAAAUGAUGGAGGAUAGCUCUUUGUAAAAAAACGGAUGAAAUAAAAUAAAAAAGGAACAGAAGAUAUAACGGAUACGAAAAUAACAAUCAGUGCCUUCAGAAAGUAUUCAGUAUUUCCACAUUUUGUUGUGUUAUAGCCUGAAUUUAAAAUUCAUUAAA